CCGCUUUCGAGAUUGGCGCCUGCUUUUUCCGGUGGACAAGACGCGAAACUAUCGUGGAACGCAUCAAGGGAAAUCGAUAGAAACAUCAGGCGUAGCCAACGCAUCGAGGUCUCUUACGAAGGUGUGCAUUCUUCAGGCUUCGUUCUCUUUCUCUUCCUUUGUCUCCUUCCAUUUGCUUGUCGAAUCCCUGCGUUUCGUCGACAACGGAGAAACCAGUCUGCUUCACUGCCUCACGCUCAUCCUUCUCCCUCGACCUGCUUGUUUACUGUCCUUUAGAUCUGUUUCUUCUUAUCUCUUCCUUCCUAACGCUUUUGUGUCGUCUCUUUCUUCUUCUGCUCCUUCUCGCCUCGGUCUCUUUGGAACUUUUUCUUCAAUGCUUCCUUCAGAUCUGCCUUCUUCGUCUGCUCCUUCUUCAUAUCUCUUCGUUUGUCGUCUUUUCUCGUCUUUGCUGGCCUAUCUCUCUCUCUCGUUCUCUGUUCUUUCCCUCUGCCUGGCCUGUAUCGUGUCCAGCGCCCAAGAUGGAUAACGCCGGUGGGUUUCACCUCCAGAGGAAGGCGAACUCAGGGGGUGGUAAGGCUUCUGCAUGCAAGGGAAUCGAGCAGACAAAGGCGCCGAAACAGAAACGGAAGAGACAAGGUCCCCUCGAGCUCAUUGGACAGACAGAUGCACAAGCCAAGCGGAAUCGUAGGGUCAAAGUUUCCCUCGCUUCUCCUUACCAGACUCAAUCUUUCGGGACGGCGCUGACGUUCGAGCAAGAAAACACUUGGCUGCAUGCGCUGCAGAUGUGCGUAGCCACAGCGAAAGAGGAGAAUGUGUCUCUGAAGACAUUUCUCGUUUGUGGUGUGAACGACGUGACGACAGCACUUGAGUCGCAUCAGCGUCGGCUGUUUCAGUCCUUCCUUCUGUCUGUCUCAUCUUCCUCUCCUCUCUCUUCUCCCGCUUCUUCCUCUGCUUCUUCCUCUGCUUCUUCCGCUUCUUCUGGAGCUUCCUUUGCGUCUUCUCUCUCAUCGAUUUCGUCAGCCUCUUCUUCUUCGUCCUCUGGUGUAUCGUCUUCGUCCUCUGCUGCGGAACCUUCUGUAUCGUCUCCGCCCUCCGGUGCCUCGUCUUCCUCCUCUUCAUCAUCGUCUGCAUCUUGCUUCUCGUCUUCAACCUCACCUUCUGUGUCUCCGUUUCUUCCCUCAACCGUCUCCUCGACUCUCUCUUCGUCUCCUUCCGGUGCCCUUCCCGUAAGGAACAGAGGGGAAACGCAAGAAAAGGAAGGUAGCGCGCUAAACGACAGCGAGGGAGGGGAGAGCGAACGUGCAGGAGCGAGAGACCUCGUAGGCCAGUGUGCGGACAUGCAGCCACAAGGAAUCGACGAAAAGGAACCGACUCAAAAGGAGAAGAGUGAGAGUGUUUUCGACGCGAGAGAAACACAGGGAGCACAAGGAGAGAGCGUGCGAGAGAGACAGAGUUCACCUGUCACCUCAGGAGACGAGAGAGAAGCGAGAACGACGACAGAUGACACAUUCAGGAGAAGCGAAAAACCAGAAGGAACGCAUGCACAAGCAUCCGAUCUUGGACAGAACGCAGUUGCUUCUCACGUUGAAAAAAACGAGGAAAGACGACAAACGCGUGCAGAGCGUGGAAGCGGUGUCGUCGGCGCCAUUGGGAUAGUGAACACUGGACUCGGAGCUCGCAUCGUUCAACAUCUUCCUCUCAUGGCUGCUCUCCUAGGCCUCCCUUGUCUCAUCUUCAAGCGUGAAAGCACUGCCCUCUGCGACAUUAUCGGCCUCCCCAGCGUCGCGGCGUUUGCCGUUCUCAAUCCUUCGGAGUCCUGUGGUUCUCCUGUCUCCCUUUUUUAUUCCCCGCCGUCUUCUUCGCCGUUGCCUUCUCCUCCCGGUGUCUCUCUCUCAACGACGUCCACCUCUAUGUCCGACGCAAGCGCAGUUCCGUAUCGCCUGCGGAGAUCCAUAGUGUCGCUUCUGUCGCUGUCCUCGUCUUGGUACUCCCCUUCUGCAUCCUUCCCGUUUUUUCUGCCUCGACCGGACUCGACAGGCGCCUCUGCCGCGGGGCUCGGCUUGCUGCGCCGUCGUGCUGCAUUGCAGGAAGUGAAAAACAACAAAGAGGUCCAGUGUGUUUCUUCGUCUGCGGAUUUUGUCGAGGAAGGUGUGGAGGCGAGGACCACAGAAGCACAGCGCGUGAGAGAAGCGUCGAGCAAAGGGGAGGAAGGGAGGGACGGGGAAGGCGCGGGAGAAGGAAUCGAAAGGCCGGGAGACAGAGGGUGGCAGUCAUUUCUCAGGACAUGCCUCGCAACGUCUUUCUGUGAUCCCCGCGAUGCAGAGGCCGGGAACAAGAAAACGAGGAGAGCGACGCGACGCGUCAAAAGGCGAGAGAGAAGACGACUCCUGUUCGAAAGGGCGAAAGCAAGGACGGACGAAAAGAAGGCAAAGACGGGGAAGAAGGUGUAAAUUAGACCGCGCGCGUUCCGCGGGUAUUUGGUCGUUUGCUCGGAAACCGAGAAAAUCGGGCAACUGUCGAGACAUAUUGGCGUGAACCCGCCACAGCAAAGACGUUAGGAAAGAACAGAGUGUUGGGGAUUACGAAUGAGGACACAAUCACUUAAAUUUUUAACGAAGCUGGAGAAAGCUAAACGCGGCAAAAACCUCUGUCUUCACAAACGCUGUGUAGUGCGAGUGGUUUUUUUCAAGUCGAGAGUUUUAUUCCCAUCGUCGUUCUGAUUCGUUCUGCCCGCGCCACGCGCGUCGACCCGUCCGUUUCUCCGGUUGAUGUCAACCAUUCCGUUUUUCCCUUUUCCUCUCGACUAAAGAAUCUCAGAAGAUGCUACGAUUAUACAGGCACCGCAGCCUCGAGUGCACACAUAUACGCAUAUAUCCGUGUAUGCCUGUCGCUACUGAGUCGACCGCUCGGGAGACUGAAUGGCAUUGUUCGUGUUCUUUGUGUCGCCAGAGUUUAAUCUAGUAGAACCUCUGAGACUCCUUUCUCGACAUUCACCCUGCGAAAAGUGACAGAGGAGCGAGAAAACGAAUGAUGCUGACUUUCGGGCAGCCGCAUCGUGUACUUUCCGUGUCGAGGGUAUUUCACUUUACCAAGAAAUUCUGCACCUCGUAGCACAGAUCACCGCUAUACGUGGCGCCUCGGGUGUUACGCACGCGUGUCGAAAUCCCGACGAUCUACGAAAACCACGCUCUGAGGAGAAAGUAACAAAGAUCAUCAGGGUAGUCUGCGACCCUGUUGGCACAAAUGACUUAGUGCAUUCAUCGAUCUCUGAUCGCCGUAGAGAAGACUCGCACUCAUUACAGAAAAACUUCUUAGCGGCGUGUGCUUCAUUUCUCCACCGAGGAAGGGAAGUCUGAGGCGUUCUAUAUCUUCAACUGUGUUGUCUCUGCCAUCUUCCUUCUACUGGGUGGUCAGGGUCGAGAAUCGGGUUGGGGAAAAGCACAGUGUUGGGCGGAGAGAAAAUAUGGAAAUGGCAGGAAUCGACUCCAGCUAACGGACUCCGCAAAAUUCGGCACCCUGUGACAGCGCCCACAGAUGCAGCAGCUACUCGACAGGAGCUGCCGCACGUUAAAUCGAUACAGAAAAAGCUCUAUUGGCAAUUUCCUGGAAGCCAUCUGCGGCAAAGGAGUCAACGAUUAAUGAGUAGGAAGAUCGGGUCCCUCUCCCUCUGUCCGGGAAUCGAAACGGCAACAAAGUGGGCAGACCAGUGCGCGUAAAAGACAUGCAAGCAGCGGUAAUCGACAGAGUUGUGGCAUGCCCAUCGAAAGUUCGACUUCGUUAGCGACCGAAUGGAGAUACUCACUGCUUACCAUAAGAGACAAUCGUGUUCUUUUGAAUGGGCGCGAAUGCAACAAAGCGCAUCUGUUCGCUCUAUGCGACGCCCGUCGGUGAGUCGUGCACGUCUAUAGAGGCGACAGUCUCGACGAGAAGCGUCGCUUACUUUCGCUCUUCAUUGUAGUUCAUUCCAACAUUCGUAUGAACCAAUCUUCCGAACGUUCUAUCCCUGUGACCGUCACAUCGUCUCUCUCGUUUUCCCCCAAUUCUCGGAAUACUCUCGGAAUCUGUGUGGUUGUGAAGCCGUGACCCGCCUUCGUAGCUCCUCUCUACAUCCCGUGUUCACACGGGAUGCUUUGUGCUUAGAAACGCACGCACUGGACGCCCUCAGGUUUGUACGAUUGUGAGAAGAUCUGCCAUUCUUCUGCGGGGAUGGAGUGAGUUUCCCUUUCAGCUAGAACUGCCGUUCCUGACGACCGACUAGCUCUUGGUGUGGAUGCGAGUGUCGUGUCAAAUAGGUGGGGUUACACAACAGUUGGGGCGGCGCCUUGGGACCUUUCGAACCAGCUGAGCUUUCGCAAGGAUGUGAACAAGAAUCGUUCUAUCUCGAAAGUCUGCCCUCUGGAAAAUGAAGCACUACGCGCGAUAUUCCCGCCUUCGUUUCCGCGAGGUCACCUUCCCGGACCCGCCUCGCUCGGCGAUGACGUGCAGACGCCACUGUGGCGGGGCCCCCGAGCUGAGGUCGUUCACUGAGGUGUGUGGAUGCAAACAGACGCAGCAGGAGUAAGCCCGUACAGUUUCCACAGAAUAUUGUGGGACAAGGAGGGGCGCAAUGGGGCGAGCACCGAGGGAAAGUCUGGAAGGAAUCCUGAGAUCCACGAGAUGCGCGCGCCAGAAAUGAGUUAGUGCAUCGUUUGGUGCUCCUAGAAGCACGUCUCUUCUUUGCGUCAUCUGGCUGGGUCUUUUUUCGUCUCUGCGCUCGGAUAUUUUCGAGACGACCAGCCGGCGAGAAAGGACCGUUAGACUGCCGAUAUGUGCCCGUUGUCUUGGGCAGCCUUCUUCCCGUUUCUGCGCUCUGUACCGGCUCUUCCUGUUCCGGCGAGACUUAGAGCCCUUCCCUAACACGUACCAAACUUCUGGACGGUGAAUGGGGAAGGAAACCUGAAGAAGGCGCCUUACAUGGAUCGAGGAAAGCUCAAAGCGGCGCAGCGUCUCCGCUCACGCAGGUCACCUGCGUGCAGCUGUGAAGGGAUCGACCUUGCCGCGCGCCGCGGGAUGUCGCUGAGACGGGUUUGCCUCAGGUUUGCGAUUCAUCAAAAGUGCCUCAGAGAAAACGGUUCACCGAAAGCACAUGUCUCCGUCGACCAAAGGGAUCUGGCGGGGUAGUUGCAGUUUUAUUUGGGGAGACACACCCUUUUGACCGCCGCCGAGUGCGAAAACUUGACAGUUGAAGGGAAAGGCUUGGCAAAAGGAGUGGGCGUUGAGCUUCCCAUCAUUUUUCAAGUCUCAGCAGGAAGCCCGACUGGAGGCGCUUGUGGGCGAGAAAUAGCGACGAUAGUUCCACAGUUGAGAGAACCGCCCCUAACAGAUUUGGCAGGUUCUGUUCGCGAAACAUGCCGCCAGCAGAGCCCAGUCGGUACGGAUAACAGAAUCGGAGUGAGGACCAGAGCGACGGAGAAUGUCGCAGGUAGAUCUGUCGUACCAAGUAGACUGAAACUGAGUCGCUACAACACAGUCUCUCUGAAGGCUGAAGUCGCAAGAAACUCCGCAUUUUGCUCAAGUGACCUGUCAACCCCUUUUUUUCAAGCGAGUGCCUCCCUUCUCGGAGGCGCAACGGGAAAUGCAGUUCAGUGCACACAAAGGUGUUCCGGAAAACGUGAAUCCCCAGCCUUGCGCCAAGAAGCUGCAGGGCGCUCUUUAACGAGCCAAGAAAGCGGUUUUGAGUCGAUUCUCCAGGAGAAAUAAUGGGUUCACUUGUUUGGCUUUACCCGUCUCAACCUCGCCGCUGUGCCUCUUCGCCUGCUCAUCCUUCUCUCUGAGACAAGUCCAGCGCUACAUAAUUUCCGUCUCGCUUUUCCAGUUAGCGUCGCCGAUCUCCGUCUGUUGAGCAUGACGGCGUAGACCUCUUCAGCUAUAUACCCGAUUUUGAAAGUUACGCAAAUCCUCGAGCUGGAUCUGAAACCCUAAACGCAUA